GAGAGCCGUUCAAUCAAAGCAAUUCUUGCUUUUUUUACUUCAGGUUACCCCUACGAAGGGGUUGAGUUUAUAUUUACAAACCAUAUGUUUGGGUAAAUUCGGCUUAAAACCAUGUGGUAGUUAAAGGGGCUGUGAUAUAUCAUAAGUAUAAAGGUAAAUAACUAAAUUACCAAAAAUGAAAAGGAGUCUGCAUAUUUUUCUCACUAUUUUUGUUACCAUUUUUGGUGCCGAAGGGGCAGAAGAUGAAUUGGACGCAGUUGUUGCGAUUUACAGACACGGUGACAGGACUCCGGUGAAACCUUAUCCUACGGAUCCCUAUAGAAAUGCAUCUUUUUGGCCGGUGGAUUUUGGACAGCUGACUAAUAGAGGCAAGCUCGAACAGUUGGAAUUGGGAAAAUGGCUGCGAAAUCGUUACCAGAAUUUCCUGCCGAUACUGUACUCCGAAAAAGAUAUAUAUGUACGGUCUACCGAUGUGGACAGAACUCUCAUGUCCGCAGAGGCCAACUUGGCGGGGCUUUACCCACCCGUCAGUAAACAAAUAUGGGACAAAGAGAUAAAAUGGCAGCCCAUCCCCAUCCAUACCGUUCCCGAAACAGAAGAUGCAAUUUUAUCCGCCAAGAAACCUUGCCCGAAAUACAACCUGCUCCAACAGCAAUUAUUUAAGUCAGACUAUUUCAGGAAUAUCACACACAGGAACCACGACUUAUACGCUUAUUUAACGAGGUACUCCGGUACAACGAUAUCGACUCUGGAAACUUUAGAGUUCCUUUACAAUACAUUCCUCAUCGAAACUUUGUAUAACUACACUUUACCUGACUGGGUUCUGAAAGUAUAUCCGAAUAAACUUGAACCGUGGGCUUUUUUGAGCUUCGCCACCCAGACCUACACUACUGAGUUGGCACGACUGAAAACCGGGCCCUUUUUUAGCGAAAUCAUAACGUAUUUUAAAGAUGUCGGCUCGAAGAAAGCGGACGUACCAAAGUUUAGAGUUUAUUCGGCACACGACACCACCAUAGCCAACGUUUUGAACGCGAUGGGUGUCUUCGAGUACCAUUCGCCCCCUUACGCCAGCACGAUUCUCUUUGAGCUAAGGAAACGAAGUAACGGUAGGAACUACGUGAAUAUAUUUUAUAAAAACACGACGGAGGCUAGACAGUUAAAUUUGAAACCGUGCGACGUCAACUGCGAUCUCGCCGAUUUCAUAGCCGUUUUAAAGCCCAUUACCGUUUCUUUAUCCGAGUGGGAGGAGGAGUGUAAAUUGAAAUGGUCGUAUAGCUGGCCGCUUAACUUGCAGGGGAAUAUUAUUUUACUGAGUAUUCUUAUGGGUAUUAUUUUGAUGACUACCGGUAUAAUAGUCGGGUUAAAGAGGGUUAAAAAGGAAAAUGAAGCCAAUUACGUUCAGUUACCGAAUGAAGAAUAUGCUUGAUUUUUACAGCAGUAUUAUAAUAUAGACGUAAGAUUUGUUUUUGCAUCGGGCAAUGGGGAAUGUAGCACAAUUUGAUUUUUACGUAUUUGGACACAAUUGUAAAAUAAACGCGUGGUACGUGUACCAUUAUUUUAUUUUAUCGGAAAACGCAAAACAAAAAAAUACGAUAAUGAUUAAAGCACAUUGAGUUUCCUUAAUAUGGAUAAAAAAAGUGUGCCAUAGAAUCAAGUUUUAUGGAAUAAUUUUGAUUUUUAAAAUAAUUUAUACAGAGUGAGCCAAUAAGGAAAUAAAUUCAGUAUAUCACACAAUAUUGUUUAAAAAAGUCUUAGUCCAGUUACUCAGGGUUUUUACCUCGGAAUUCUUUAUAACUGAACCCAUUGAUGUGAAAUUUUGACUUAAUGUGGGGAAUGCUUCAAGGAAUAAAAGUUAUAUAGCGCUGAAGUGUGC